AUUUGACACAACAUACACACGAGUCAGAAUUAUUUUAUUCAUGAAGUACCCCCGCCAAAUAUGUGAGGUAGCGGUCACCGACGAGAUUAUCCUCGCUGGUCCUUUGGCUUAACUCUUAUUGUUAUCUGGAGCUGUCUACAAGACUCUGAUUAGUAGGUUUAUUGCAUAAAUACUUGUGUUUUUCCACAGAGUUGAUAUGAAAUUUACAACGACAUAAGAAUGAAGAAGCUAAUGGAUUCUCAAGGUGCCACACUCCCUCCUCAUGUACUCAUUUUUCCGGUGCCAAUUCAGGGCCAUGUGAAUUCCAUGCUCAUGCUAGCCGAACUCCUCUGUCUUUCUGGCCUUGACAUUACAUUCAUGAUCUCUGAUUUCAGCCACAGCCGCCUCCUCAAGCAUACCACAGUCGGUUCGCGUUUCAAGCAGUAUCCUGGAUUCCGUUUCCAGGCCAUCACCGAUGGGCUUCCUGAUGACCAUCCUCGAGUUGGCGAGAAAGUCAUGGAUAUCCUGCCUUCUACCAAAAACACAACGGCACCACUCUUCAAGCAGAUGAUGGUUGAGAAGAACUUUUUCUCUUCUGAAACCCGAAGGCCAAUUUCUUGCAUCAUAGCUGACGGGUCCCUGCCAUUUGCCGGUGAUUUUGCCGAAGAGAAAGGGAUUCCCCUCAUAUAUUUUCGGACUAUUAGUGCUUGCUCCUUUUGGGCUUAUUUUUCUAUACCUGAACUCAUUGAAGCCGGUGAAAUUUCCGUUGAAGGUAUUAGCAUGGACCAACUGGUAAAAAGUAUGCCGGGAAUGGAAGGUUUUUUAAGAUUCCGUGACUUACCCAGCUUUUGCCGUGUCAACGACAUCAAUGAGCCAAACCUUCAAUUGAUGAAAUCUGUGACUAGACAAACCACGAGAGCUCAAGCAGCCAUUUUUAACACUUUUGAAGAUCUAGAAGGAUCAAUAGUAUCUCAUAUACGCAAUCACAUACCAAAAAUCUUCACCAUUGGACCAAAUCAUUCCCACUUGAAGUCGAGACUCGCAGAAAAGAAAGCCGAUAAAUCAAUUCUUUCAGGAAGUUUUUGGGCAGAAGACCGGAGUUGUCUGAAUUGGCUUAAUGCACAGCCACCAAAAUCAGUAAUCUAUGUCAGUUUUGGAAGCAUUACAGUUGUGACAAGAGAGCAGCUAUUGGAGUUCUGGCAUGGUUUGGUGAAUAGUGGACAGAGGUUCUUGUGGGUCAUGAGGCCAGAUUCAAUUGUAGGGGAAGAUGGGAAGAAUCAAACUCCAGUAGAAUUAGAGGAGGGUACAAAGGCAAGGGGUUACAUGGUAGGAUGGGCUCCUCAGGAAGAAGUUCUGAACCACGAGGCAGUGGGUGGGUUCUUGACUCACAGUGGAUGGAACUCGACUCUGGAGAGUAUUGUAGUUGGUGUGCCAAUGAUUUGCUGGCCAUAUUUUGGUGAUCAAACAACUAACAGUAGGUUUGUGAGUGAGGUUUGGAAGAUUGGGUUAGACAUAAAAGAUACUUGUGAUAGAGAUAUUAUUGAGAAAGCUGUCAGAGAGCUUAUGGAAGAAAGGAAGGACGAGUUCUUGGAAAGGUCAGAAAAUAUGGCAAAGCUUGCAAGAAAGGCUGUUAGUGAAGGUGGAUCGUCGUAUAGCAAUUUGAAUGCUCUUAUUGACUACAUCAAAACAAUGAUCACCUGAGUAUGCUACGUUAGUUUAAUGCUCUUUUUUCGGGUAGUAUGUUGUAAAACGACAUUAUAAAUUGACGUUCGAUUAUUCGCGUAUUAAAGUUUGAAACGAUUAUCUAAGGUUUCGUGAUCAUAUAGGAUGUCACCAAUUGUAUACUCGAUGGUUCGGGUGUAUAGUAAGACACAAUUUGUAAUGUGAUAAAAAUAUGUCAUUCACAAUCAGUACAUAAAGUUGGAUGCUUUAUGUUGAUAAUAUUGUAAUGUUUUUAUUAA